AUGAGCAUUCCCCAGCCUGCUCCACCACAGCCAGGCCCUGCCGAGGGGGCUGGAGGCCCGGCAGGGAAGGCUGUGGCAAGUGCCCAGGAGAAGGGCCCUCGGCUGGGCCAGCGUCUGCCCUCAAUUGUGGUGGAGCCCAGCGAGGUGGACCCUGUGGAGAGCAGCGAGCGGCGCUGGCCCCCGGAGCAUGCCCAGAGGGGCCCCUCUCAGAGCGGGGCUGCUGCUGGUGAGUGA